AUGAUAUGUGGUGGACUUGAUACAUAUAGGAAGUGAAAUUAUGCCCGUUAUAAGAUUUAAAAAAAAAAAAGGGCCGUUGGUGAUGGUCCCCAUGUGCUUAAAUCAGACCAAACAUACUGAACAUCCUUCGCCUGCCUGCCCCUUUGUAUCUUUGAAUCCGUUUCAUUCUUUCUCAGUAUCUCUUUCUUUGAUCUUUUUAAUUUCAAAACUUAACUAUACUUGCAGAUCAGUUUCUUCUCUAGCUUCACUUUGGAUCUGCAAAGGCGCUUCCUCUCCUUCCCACAUCGACUUGAAGCUGCGUAAGCUUGACUCUGGAGAUGCACAUAUUCAGUUCUUUUAUAUGGAAGUGGUGCAUUGGUUGCUGUGUGGUUGGCAUCAGCAAUUGUCAAUGCUGUGGAUUCUAUGCACAUAUUCAGUUCUUUUAUAUGGAAGUGGUGCAUUGGCUGCUGUGUGGUUGGCAUCAGCAAUUGUCAAUGCUGUGGAUUCUAUUCCUUUGGUGGUCUGUUGUUGCUGAUGGAACUAGCAUUUCUAUUAAGAGGUGUUGGUACUGAGGUGUAUUGGAUGAUAAUCUAGAAGCAGUCUGAAGAAGAUGAGGUGAUAUACAGUUUGGAACAUAAGAUGUUGAAUCAAGGG